UUCUUUGAAAUAACCACAUUUUACAUUGCAUAAUGUUUUAAGGAAACAUUAAUGAUGUCACUUUAUGAAAAUUUUUAGUACAGUAACAUAGUUAACAUUAGUAAAAAAAAAAGAUGUCUUAUAGAAAAUAACUACAUCAUUGAAAAUAUAUCAUAUUUAAAUGUAACUUUGUCACUUCUGUCAUCCCUUAUAGUCUUAUAGUCCAAUUGUUCUAAAUAAAGUAAUUUAAACCAAAAUAACAAUUUCCUUUUUUUCUUCUCAGAAUUGCACACAUACGAGAGUAUUCAAAGUAAAACUUCUACAUAAAAUAUUACUUCUUACUUAUUAUUUUAAACAAAAAUACAAGUUUUGCAACUUUUUCUGUACCCAGUCGAUUUCUUAAUGUUGACUGAACCAAACCAGACAUGCCAAAGAACUGAAAAUUUCCUUCCUACAGUUCUAAAAAUAGCAUUUGACAUUGUUGGAAGACAAACCUGUUGCGGAGGAGAUAUGACACACACACACAACACAAACACAUGAGGUAGAGGAGAGUAGAAGAGAGAAAAUGAGGUGGCAUUUGAAGGUACAUUCCACCCACCUAUAUUUAACAAGUGUUUCAAAAUAACUAUAAAUACAUUGUAGAAGAAAUUAAGUACUAUUCAGUUUUCAUUCUAUCUUUGCAGCAGUCAAUUUUUAUGUAAAUAGCCAUGAUUACUUGGUUUAAACGAUACAGUAUAGGAAAUAUUAACGUUCAUACUAUCAUAUUAUAAAUUGAUUUUAAUCACAGAUUUUUUUAAAAAAAUCACAUGAUUUAAAUCAUGAUUAAAAUCACGAUUUAAAUCAUGCUGAUUAAAAUCAACAUACCCUGCCUACAGCUGUCCAAGAGCAAGAUGAUCACAGAUAUGCUGCCAGCUACAGUAGCAGUACCAAUGUACCAAGGGAACAGUUUUAAUCUGCUGUUACCCCCAUUCCUGCCAAGUCACCCCACGACUCAGAUGAGGAACAAUCUGAGGAGAAGGAAUUCCAGGGAGCCGGGACAGCUGAAACCAGCGUGUCAACAGCUGGGACAGCAGCAACCACAGUUCCUGCAGUGAACUCCAUGACUACCCAGCCCUCUAGAAUAACAGAUAUGUCACAGUUGCUGCAACAGCUGAGAUUAAUCAUACAAAUCGAAGGACAGCAAACAGCCAACCAGCUGCACAGCAUGCAGUCCAACUUAGCCAGCCAGCAGCAAGAAAUGCAGUCAAACUUAGCAAUCCAGCAGCAAGAGGUGCAGUCUAACCUGAACAACAUAGCCAGUCAGCAGCAAGAGGUGCAGUCUAACCAGAACAACAUAGCCAGUCAGCAGCAAGAGGUGCAGUCUAACCUGAACAACAUAGCCAGUCAGCAGCAAGAGAUGCAGUCCAACCUGGGCAAUUUAGCCAGCCAACAGCAAGACUUGCAGGCUAACCUAACCAGCCAAAUAAACAGCCAGAAUGUAGAGAUGCGUCAACACAUUGACAGCAAGAUGGAUCUGCUCAACUCCAGGUUGCAAGAGGGACUGACUGAAUUGGAAGAGAGGAUAGAGACCAGAUUGCAGGACCAGUCUCAAUCAAUGACCCAACUGUCAGAGCAUGUUCAGACUCAGGCAUCCAGGGUUGACAAUUUGGAAACUCAUACUACCACCUUGGUGAGGGCAGUAGAUAGGGCCAGACUGGAGCAGCAAGGACAUGCCCAGGUAUUGAGUGAGAGGUUAGAGGAGGUGGAGAACACAACAGCCCUACUAAAAUCAAGAUGGGACAGCGUGGAAGCAGAGUUCAGAGCUGUGGCAGAGAAGAAUACACAGAGUUGUGAUGCCGCCAUGCAGCUACAGGCCACCCAGCAGAUAGGUGGGCUGCCUGACCAGGUGACUUCUGUCACAUCACUCACCCCUACCAUGCCUGCCGCUACGACAGCAACACUCCCUGCACCCAGCCACCCUCCACAACAACGUUCAUGCCCACCUGCACACUUGGACCAGGUCACACUUAUGCACCACCCCGCCAAACACUGGUCGGAGUCAAUUCCCACAUUCUUUGGCAAGUCUCAAGAAAAUCCAAUCCGCUUCCUGAAGAAGUUUGAGGAUUAUGCCAAAACUUUUGCCUUGACAGACCUAGAAAAAUUAAAGUGUCUGAAUUUUGCCCUCAUAUAAGGUAAUGCUGGAUUUCAACGGAGGGAUAGUUACAGCCAUGGAUGAAAUAGAAAAACCUA